AUGUCACUUGUAUUUCAUUUACUAUUUGUACUUCUUUUGAGCCAAGCUGUUAGCCAGGAAGCUGAAUUCCCACAGCUAAAAUAUCUCAACAACGUUGUGCGUUUGCUGAUUAAGCUGCAUAAGAUGGAAACACUGGUGAUAGUUCAACAUCAUCUGCAUCACAACUGCAACCUGCAGCACUGGAAUUCCCAUGGAAUGGCCACUAUAAGGACCAACGAUCAGGGAAAAAUAAGGAUGAAGGACACUUUCAGCAGCCGCACUUUGGCUAUUGUCUGCAUGGGCGAGAAUGCACACAUCAGUCUGCUGAGAAACGUAUACGAAACUUUUGGAAAAAUGAAAGAACAGCAAGUAAUACUGUGGACCCAAAUGGAACCGAAGGAGGAUUUCCUCCAAGAGAUUUCAAGCAAAGCAACAGAAUUCAAACUCUUGCAUCUUUUGGUGUUGCAAGUUGUGCCAGAAGGUCCCUUGUCUUUCUAUCGCCUAUUUCCUUUUCCUAGUGCCCAAUUUAAGCGAAUCGAAAAUAUCUGGUCACUUAAUGAAUCUGAGUUUAUGAAUCUCGAGUUGAAUUUUCAUGGAAAGACGGCUAUUGUGAAGCACGAUUACAACUGGACUAUAGAAAUGGGGAAUAUUAGGAACUGCCCCAUUUCCCGGCUCGAAGACAUAGAAGUCUUUGAAUUCGCACUGAAAUACAAACUGAAUUUGCAGUUUUUCAAUGAUGUAGAUCACUUCGAUAUCGAGCUAAGAAGACGCAUUAUAAUGCACCACAAUUUAUCCCAGCCAAUAGACUUUGGAACGCCAAUGAGCUUCUCGUCGCUUUUGAUUGUCGUUCCCUGCGACACUUACUUGAGUUUGCAAGAUGUCAUCAAGCAGUACGGCAUCCAGAAAUGGAUUUUGUACAUUAUAUUGGUCUACGUCAUAUUCGUGUUGAUCGAGAUCAGCUUUCUUAAGAUAACAUUUCGGUUUUGCACACACUCGCACCACCAGGAGUUCCUCAAUCCGCUGGUGAAUCUAUAUGCAUUUAGAGCCAUUUUGGGUUUACCAUUUGCAUUGCCUCGAAGAUCGAGCCUUUCGCUGCACCAGCUCUUCUUGGCCAUUGUAAUGUUUGGCAUGAUUAUUAGCAUCUUUAUCAACUGCAAGCUUAGUUCAAUGCUUACAAAGCCCUAUCCCCGCACUCAGGUGACUAAUUUUCAAGAGUUGCAGGCCAGUGGCUUGACUGUGGUCAUGGAUGAGGAUGCGAACAACUUCAUUGAAGAGGAAUUCGGUUUGGAGCACAUUAAGUCAUAUAUGCCGAGAAAACUAGUAUUGAACUUUGCAGAAAGAGUGAAAUUACUCAGUUCGUUGAAGGACAGUUACGCCUUCACUUUAUUUUCGGAUAACUUUUUUGCUAUCAAAAACUAUCAGCGAUCCAAGGGGGUGCGAGCCCACUGCACCUCAGUGGACUUGGUCAUCGCCAGGAAUGUGCCGAGAGUCUAUAUUUUGGGCAACAAUUCGAUACUCGAGUGGCCGCUGAUGAAGUUUACAACGGUAAUGGAGGAAUCUGGCAUUAGCAAUCACUGGCGAAAAGAUAUUCCCAGAAGUAACGAUAAGAAUUUAAAGCAAAUUCUCAUUUCCAAUGACAGGGUACCCCCGGUACUCCCUCUUUCCAUGGAGCACUUGACUUGGUUGUGGUGUUUACUUCUCCUGGGCUACAGCAUUUCGACAAUAGUGUUUCUUGUUGAGAUUUCACUUAAAAAGAGGAAGAAAACCAUGGAGAAUCGGGAACCUAAUGUGUACAUGUGUUAA